AUGUCUUCUUCAAACAAGAAACUAUUUUCAAGCUUUGCACUGGACCCAGAACUUGUCUCUGCUCUUGAGAAAAGAGGGAUUAUGCACCCCACGCCCGUUCAGGAGCACAUCCUCAGCCAUCUUCCGCUAAAAAAGGAUGUCUAUGCCAUUUCAAACACGGGCUCUGGCAAAACUCUGGCCUUCACCCUCCCCAUUUUGAACUCUCUGCUAAAAGAUGACUCCUUUUUUUAUGCUCUAAUUAUUCUUCCAACAAGAGAGUUGUCCCUGCAGGUGCACUCAGUCAUCUCGGACCUAGGAGCAGAGAUAGGGCUGCGCACAACACUGCUGAUAGGCGGCACAGACACUCUAUCGCAGGGAAAGAGUCUUUCUGCUCGCCCGCAUUUUAUCAUCGGCACACCCGGGAGAAUUCUCUACCACUUUAAAAACACGAAGGGAAUAAACUGCAAAUCCUUCAAGUAUUUGGUGUUUGACGAGUGCGACAGAGUGCUGGACGGAGACUUUGACGGGGAUGUCACCGAAAUAUGCAAAAUGAUUUCUCCAAAGUUCAAAUUUUUGUUCACUGCGACUGCGUCCAAAAGGGUGCGCUCUUUCGUCUCGCAGUCCAUGAGCUCCCCCAUAUUUUUCGGAGAUGAAAAGAUGGAGGUUUCCGAGUCGGUGUUCCAGCAGUAUAUGCACAUCCCGCAGAAGCACAAAGAGGCAUAUCUGCUCAAUCUAGUGCGCAGCUCAGGGGAUAGAAUGGGGCUUAUAUUCGUGGGAACAUGCAUUUCUGCAGAGAGAAUUGGGAGAAUUAUCAAACUGCUUGGAAUGCGCGUGGGAUGGAUCCACGGAAACCAAAAGCAAAAUGUCCGAGAAGAAACAGUGAGCAAGUUCAGGGCAGGCGUAUUCACAUGGCUUGUGGCAACAGAUGUGGCAGCGAGAGGCGUAGAUAUCACGGGAAUACGAAUAGUAGUCAACUACGACAUGCCGGAUGGAAUACGAGAGUACGUGCACAGAGUGGGGCGCACCGGGAGAGGAAGCGAAGUCGGAAGAGCCGUUACAUUUGUGAGUCAGUACGAUGUAGAAGAUUUCCGAAGACUCGAAAUAAAGCUGGGGAAGAAAAUGGCGCAGUGCGAAGUGCCAGCUGAAACCAUCUAUGCAAUGAUUGAUGAAAUUGACGAAGCCAAGAGAACAACAGCUGCAGAAAUGAAAGAUGAAGGCGUGGGAGAGAAAGUCAAAGAAAUGCGCAGAAAGCGAAAGGGCGAGAAGACCAAGAGCAACAUGAGAGAUAAAAAAAGAAGACAGAAGAAUGAUUAG